UUCACUGAACCCGCCAACCUCUUCUUUGAAAUACUUCAUUUUCCUCCCAACUUCUCUAUCCUCCUUUUUCCCCCUCCAAUGUUACGAUUCCCGCCUUUUAGAAACAUCCUGAGAACCAUGUCAUCGACGACGAAGUUUGCAUCUGAGUCGGGCCCUGCGCCCAGUGUCAAGCACACUCAGUCCUUCCUGCCAGGACGAGGUGCUGCGCCUUCAAGCAGCGAUUAUGACACGAGCUUGUCGGUCGAGGUUCGCAAGUAUCUCCGCACCUACGGCUUGACCCCGCCCAACGUCGAGAGCUUUGAGGUGCAGGCAGAGAGAUGUCUGAAGCAAUUGGAACAGAAAGCGACUGCUAUCGACAAGUAUCUCUACCUCAGCAACCUCCGUAACAAUCACACCGAUCUCUUCUAUCGCUUGGCUAUGGAUCACAUGAAGGAACUGACCCCUCUCGUUUACACUCCCGUUGUCGGUGAAGCAUGCAUCCGGUGGUCGGAAAUUUACCAGCAGCCUGAGGGUCUGUAUCUUUCGUACGCCGAUAAGGGUAACCUUGCCUCUGUGAUUCAGAACUGGCCCGCACAAAAUGUUGAGAUUACCGUCGUUACCGAUGGCUCCCGUAUCCUUGGUCUUGGUGACCUUGGUAUUAACGGCAUGGGUAUUCCCGUCGGCAAACUUGCACUCUACACUGCCUGCGCUGGUAUCCGUCCUGACCUGACCCUUCCCCUCACGCUCGAUUUGGGAACAAACAAUGAAGCUCUGUGGGAGGACCCGCUCUACAUGGGCAGCAAGAGACCUAAGAUCUCGUGCGAGGAGGAGCGCGAGUUCAUGGAUGAGCUCAUGGCUGCUCUUACACAAAGAUGGCCUGGCAUUGUCAUUCAGUUUGAAGACUUCAAGAACCCCUUCCCUUCGCUUGAGCGUUACCGCAACACUUAUACCUGCUUCAACGAUGAUAUCCAGGGCACUGGUGCCGUGAUCUUGGCUGGUGUUAUCAACGCCGUUAAGAAUUCAGGUAUCCCUGUCAAGGACCAGCGCGCAGUCUUCUAUGGUGCCGGCAGCGCUGGUGUUGGUGUCGCCAAGCAGAUUGUCGAAUGGUUCGUCAAGGAGGGCUUGACUGAGGAUGAGGCGCGCAAGUGCUUCUGGUUUGUUGACACUAAGGGUCUCAUCACUCUUGACCGUGGUGACAAGCUCGCGGACCACAAGGUCUACUUUGCCCGCGACGACAACAAUGGAAAGCAAAUCAAGGAGCUCAUCGACAUCAUUGAUGAGGUGAAGCCGACCAUUCUUAUGGGUCUUUCGACUAUUGGCGGUGUCUUUGACAAGCAGGUUCUUAACCGCAUGGCUGAGCUCAACAAGCAUCCCAUCAUCUUCCCUUUGUCGAACCCCUCGGCCAAUUCGGAGUGCACCUUUGCCGACGCGAUCAAGUACACUGAGGGCCGCGCCGUCUUCGCCAGUGGCAGUCCAUUCCAGCCAACCAUGUACCAGGGUGUUCUUUACCACGCCGGUCAGGGAAACAACAUGUAUGUUUUCCCUGGUAUCGGCAUGGGUACCAUUUUGAGCAAGGCUGUCAUUGUCACUCAGAACAUGAUCUACGCCUCCGCCACUUCCCUCAGCACUGCUCUCAACGAGGAUGAGAAGAAGAAGGGUCUCCUGUACCCUGACGUUUCGCGUAUCCGUGAAGUCAGUGUCAUCGUCACCCGGGGUGUCAUCCGCGCCGCUCAGAAGGAUGGUGUUGACCGCGAAAUCACCAUUCGCGAGUUCACUGAUGAGCAGCUCGACGAGUGGAUCCGCCAACGCAUGUACGACCCUCGCAAGGUUCACGAUAGCCUCGAGAAGGAGGUCAAGGGUCUCUUGCAAAACGCUGUUUCGCGGCAGUAAAUGAUGGCCGUCCAACCACUUAUUCGCUUCUCUUUUACCAUUCAACCAAAAGUUUAAUCCGGGAUAUGGUUGCCAGGCCGGAACGGUUUUCUCAGUUCGUUUCCCAUCAUCUUUCUGCAUAUGGAACAGCAAAGGGGAGCUUAUUGCUUUUUUUCUGGCGCGGAGGCUUUUCGUUUUCGCCAUUCUUUUCAUACCCCUACAAGCACAUGUGGUUCGGUUCGCCGGAGCAAAUUAUUGCUCCUUUUCGUCUUAGGAUCUAAUUACCGCUUUCUGAUCUAGAGCAUCUGUAGAUCUAGAUACGUUGAGUCUCUUCGCAGAGACAUCUUUCCGGAAUACUCUGACCU